CUCUUUUGAGUCGUAUUGAUGGAGCAACAGGAGGGUCAAGCGGCCAAGGGUUUCAGGGCACCAAGUUUUCUAAUGUUGCAGUGAUUUCUACAAGAACUGGGAAGUUAGUAUCAGAUUUAUUUGUGUAAAAAGUGCUUUAUAUGUUGAUUUUGCGUUCGAUUUGAUUGCUGUGAACGUUUUAAUUUCAACACAACCUGGAUCUAAAAUUCUCAUCUUCUAUCUCCUUAGAAUCCCACCCCCCCUGAAAUUUUUGUUUCUUUACGGUAAUCUUUCUUACACAGCAGCGAUUUUGUCUUGAAUUUUAAUGAGGCUGUUAACGAGUUCCCCUUGCCUUUAGAACCGGCAGCCCCUUUAAGUGUAAUCGGUGGAAUACCCAGGACCAAAAUCAGUGGGAGCAACUGCCUGAAUAGACCCCAGGUGGCUCCACCCCUAGGUUAGGGGUACAUGCUGAGAGUGUUGCAUUGAAAACUGAAAUCCUAGGAUUGAAGGGAGUGGAAGGGGAAGAGAAUAAGAAGAUGGGUUCAAAGAGAAAGUUGAAGCCGGUUGAAAUGGCAUUUGAUUCAGAUGAUGACAAGCCUAUUUUGUCAUUGCUAAAAUUGAAAAGUAAAAGGAACAAGAAAACUAAGUUGGGGUGGGAUGGUUGUGGAAAGAAGGGAAAAGUGAUAGAGAAAAUUGUGGUUGAAGAGGAAGAGCUGGGUGGUAUGGGCGAUACGUUGGCAAGUUUUAGGAGGAAAUUGAAGGGUCCGAAAAAGGAUGGUGGGUCUGAUGCAGUAGUUGGACAACAUUUGGGUAACAACAUUGUGGACUCCUCAGGUCAGUCUUUCAGAUUAUCUGCUGAAAACGACUCUUCGGAUGCAAAGUUGUUAUUGGAGGUUGGGGAGAAAAAUCAGGUGAGCAGUAUUGGUGGAUCUGAUGGGGAUGGGACAAUUGGCAAAGCCUGCGAUAUGACGCACAAAAAGACAAGCACGAGAUCCAAAUUUAGUUCAAGGGUAAACAAAGAUGGAAGGGAAUAUCUUGAUGGUUUGAAUAAUCAGAAAUAUGGAAAUAGCGAAUUACGGGAUGAGAAAGAGGGUGCUUUGGGAGAUGAAUAUUCAGAAGAUUCUUUGUUUUCUUAUGUCCAAAGGGUUCAGUCAAGCAUGAUUAGGAAAUCCCGUGGCACUUCACGGCUGGAACAGGGAAAGGAAACUCAAACUUCUGAUGAUGGGUUGAUAUCAAGUUCCGUUACUGGCUCGGACGUUCUUCCUACACAUGUCUUGGUUGGGGAAUCAAGGUCUCCGUCUAAAUUGUUCAAAAAAUUGCUGGCUUCUGAUGACAGUUUGCAUUCAGCACCUGAGAGGGAUUCUAUGCGGUCAACCUUGAUUCAUCAGACUGCUGAUGAUAGUUUGCCUCAAGUUCCAAACCAUGUACAAGGUAAUUUAAUUUGCAAUUAUUCAAAGCAGCAAGAGCUAUCUACUCCACUAGAGACAAAUGAAAUAUUGAGAUCCAUUGUUGCCGAAGAUGAAGCAUCUCUCAAAUCAAUCUCUGAGCAUUCAAUUUCCAAUUCCCUGGUCUAUAGAUCUGAUUCUUUUUUCAGGGCUUGUUCUGGUAUGAUUACUAGAGUCCAAGAUGGUAAAAUCAAUUCUGAGAUCAAUGAGCAUCAUGCCAUUUUAGCCAAGGAUGCACAUGUUUCAAAUCAUAUAAUCAAUACAAGUUCUGUGGAAUUUUCUAAUCUGAGAGCUAAUGACUGUUGUUUGCUUCCUUUUCAAGAGCCCGUGGUGGGGGUAAAACAUGAGAAGGAAGAUGAUUUAUCUCUUGAUGUGUCAAAGCUACCGGUUGAUCACAAACAGAUUGAGAAAGGCCAGUUUGAUGAAGUUGUACCAGUAGGAGAUUCCAGUGACCAGCUUGCUUCACAAUCAAAAGCAGUUCCAACGAGCCAUAUCCCAAUCAUUGACCCUAAAAUUUCCUUUUCAGAUGUCAGAGUAGUUCCUGAGUUUUGUUUAGAGGACAUAUCAUUUAAUAGGGAACGUGACGAUACAGCUCAGCAUAUGGUUAAAAGUUUUCCCCAUGAAAAUUUGGAGCAGUUAACAUCCUCGUCUGAUUGUGUGAGGAAGAUGGGAGAUGAUGUGAAAUCAGAUCAUCGGACUAAUUUUGACUCAAGUUCUAAUGAUUUUAGGCAAUUCCCAUUUCACUUAUCAUCAUCUGUAGCUGAUGUACCACAGGAGGAACGAAGAUCCAGUAGCGGUAGUCUAAUUGGAAUACCCGGUAAAUGCAUUGAAGAUUCAGAUAUUGCUACAGUUUCUUCACAAGGGGAGGAUGGUCAAGUUUCUGAGGGUAAAUUAUCUCCAGUGUCAGCACAUGGAAUCCCCAAAUAUGAGGUGGCUUCCCAAAUAAAGCAUCAAGACGAAACCCAAAAAACUGGUGACUAUGGACUCUUUUCUCAACGUUCUCAUUUAAUGCCAAAAGAUGCAUAUCUUAAAAGCCAUGACCUUCUUUCAGGGAAUGAAGACGCUGAAGGGAUCUCUUCACCAUCAAAUUUACUGGACCAUGAUGUAAUCUUUGUAGAUGAUAUAGGAUCCUUGGCUGAUCCUGAAACUAAAGAUAAUGGGCUAUCAGUUGGCCAGCGUAUUGCUCGUAAUGCUAAAAAGCAUAGGCAUGGGGACAUGGCUUAUGAGGGGGAUGCAGAUUGGGAGAUGUUGAUGCACGGACGAGGUUUUCUUGUUAGCCAUCAGGUUGUAGAUGGUGAGAAGACUUCUAAAGCAAGAGAGAAGUUUGAUUUGGCAUCGACAAUUGUAGAGUCUGAAAAUGGAAAGACAGCAGCUGUGUUGGCUGGGCUAAAAGCUCGUGCAGUUGGUCCUGUUGAGAAAAUCAAGUUUAAGGAAGUGCUGAAGCGCAAAGGUGGACUUCAGGAGUAUCUGGAAUGCCGAAACCAUAUUUUGAGUGUCUGGAACAAAGAUGUCAGUCGCAUUUUGCCACUGGAAGACUUUGGAGUGUCUGAUACUCCAUUGAUGGAUGAACAUCCGCGCACUACUCUGAUUAGGGAUAUAUAUACAUUUCUUGAUCAACGUGGUUGUAUAAAUUUUGGAGUUGCUUCUGAGAAGGAUAGAGCAGAGAACAACUCUAAGCAUGACUUGAAACUUCUAAAAGAGGAAAAGUUUCGGGAAGAUUCUGGGGCUCCUGUUGCAGAUUCUGAAGAUGGAGUUUCCUUUAUCGUUGGGAGGGUAAAGAGUUCCAAUACUUCCACAGUGGGGAAGAAUGAUAAUUCGUCUGGUGAUGAAAGACAAGCGGGAAAAGACAAGGAUGUGGAAUUCGCAAAUCUUCAAACCAGAGAAUUAUUUAUACCAACUGUUCCUGAAAGAUGCUCCCCUGAUGAUUGUCAAGGGAAUGGUUACCUGGGUGCAAAUGCAAAGCUUCCUGAAGGUGUGAUUGAUUUGGAUUAUACAGGUUGUAUUCUUUCCAGUGAAGAUGAGAAUGGUAGAACACUCCCUACUGUGUGUCCAGAUUUAAUAUCUUCUGUUGAAUCUGACAUUGGUGGAGCAGUAACUAUUAUGCAGUCAAAGUCCCAAAAAGUCUCUGCUCGAACAUUGUCCUUAACUGGCGACGGCCUUAGACAUUGUGACUCUGAACUCAGGAAGAGAAUUAUCGUAGUAGGUGCAGGUCCUGCUGGACUAACUGCAGCUCGCCACAUGCAACGCCAAGGAUAUGAUGUUACAAUUCUCGAGGCUAGAAGUAGAAUAGGAGGUCGUGUGUUCACGGAUCGCUCAUCUUGCACAGUUCCGGUAGAUCUUGGUGCUAGCAUCAUUACAGGUGUUGAGGCAGAUGUGGCUACUGAAAGAAGACCAGACCCUUCUUCGUUGGUUUGUGCUCAGUUGGGACUCGAGUUGACUGUAUUGAACAGUGAUUGUCCUCUUUAUGACACCAUAACUGGUGAGAAAGUUUCUGCACGUCUAGAUGAAGCCUUGGAAGAAGAGUUUAAUAGCCUACUUGAUGACAUGGUAGUGCUAGUUGCUGAGAAAGGGGAAUAUGCAACGAGAAUGUCUCUUGAAGAAGGUCUGGAAUAUGCGCUCAAGAAACGUCGCAUGGCUGGUACUGGAAGGAAUGAAAUGGACGGUGAAUUGAAUAAAGUAUUGGAUAAUCUCAUGGACUCUGGAAAGUUUGGUGUUGAUGAUGAAGUUAAUGAGGCUCAGGGUUCUAAAUCAGAGAUUUUGAGUCCCCUAGAGAGGAGGGUCAUGGAUUGGCAUUUUGCCAACUUAGAGUACGGAUGUGCUGCUUUGCUUAAAGAAGUAUCACUUCCUUAUUGGAACCAGGAUGAUGAUUAUGGAGGGUUUGGUGGAGCUCAUUGUAUGAUCAAAGGGGGUUACAGUAGUGUUGUUGAAUCUCUAGGAGAAGGACUUAGCAUCCACUUGAACCAUGUCGUCACAAGUAUUUCAUAUUGCAUGAAGGAUAGCAGGAGAAGUGACGAACUUAGUAAAAAGGUUAAAAUUUCAACAUCAAAUGGCAAGGAGUUUCAUGCAGAUGCUGUCCUAGUCACGGUGCCACUUGGCUGUCUGAAAGCGGAAACUAUCAAAUUUUCACCACCAUUGCCCCAAUGGAAAUAUCUAUCCAUCAAGCGGCUUGGUUUUGGUGUUCUAAAUAAAGUUGUGUUGGAGUUUCCUGAAGUAUUUUGGGAUGACUCCAUCGAUUAUUUUGGUGCCACUGCUGAGGAUACGGAUCACAGGGGACGGUGCUUUAUGUUCUGGAAUGUCAAGAAGACAGUUGGAGCACCUGUUCUUAUAGCUUUAGUUGUCGGUAAGGCUGCCAUAGAUGGUCAAGAUAUGAGCCCAUCCGACCAUGUUACAAAUGCCUUGGUUGUUCUCCGCAAAAUUUUUGGGGAAGAACGAGUUCUUGAUCCUAUUGCAUCUGUAGUUACCGAUUGGGGACGGGAUCCUUACAGCUAUGGUGCUUACUCCUAUGUUGCAGUGGGUUCCUCAGGAGAAGACUAUGAUAUUUUGGGCAGACCAGUGGAGAACUGUUUAUUCUUUGCUGGUGAAGCAACCUGCAAGGAGCAUCCUGACACUGUAGGUGGUGCAAUGAUGAGUGGGCUUCGAGAGGCUAUACGUAUUAUUGAUAUAUUGAGUACAGGAACUGAUUAUACUGCAGAGGUAGAGUUCAUGGAGGCUGCAAGGAAACGAUCUGCCAGUGAAAGGAGUGAAAUAAGGGAUAUUAUCACGAGACUUGAUGCAGUGGAACUAUCAAGUGUUCUAUGUAAGCAUUCUUUGGAAGGAACCCCAAUUUUGACCAGGGGUAGUCUGCUACGGGAUAUGUUUUUCACUGCAAAUACUACAGCUGGACGAUUGCAUCUGGCUAAAGAGCUGUUAAACCUUCCUGUUGGAUUUCUCAAGACUUUUGUUGGGACUAAAGAAGGACUAAGCACGCUCAACUCAUGGAUUCUGGAUUCCAUGGGGAAGAAUGGAACUCAGCUCUUGCGUCACUGUGUCCGUCUACUUGUACUUGUCUCAACUGAUUUACUUGCAGUCCGCUUAUCAGGUAUUGGAAAAACAGUAAAAGAAAAAGUCUGUGUACAUACAAGCCGUGAUAUACGUGCGAUAGCAAGCCAGCUAGUAAGUGUUUGGGUCGAAAUUUUCCGUAAGGAGAAGGCAUCUAAUGGUGGACUGAGAUUACUGAGGCAACCAAAUAAUCUGGACUCAUCAAAAAGCAAGUCUUUUGUAGUUUCAGGAAAGCCUCCUCUGUUCGUACCUAAUGUUGCAAUAGAGAGCAAAGGAAGUCCUAAAGUUUCUGCAUCUGCUGGCCACCUGUAUCCUUCAAGUGCGAGCACUAAGAAGGUGAACAACGGACCAGUCAAAGUGGAAUCAAGAUUUGACUCAAAAUCAGAGGUUAAAUCAUCAGCCUCUCAUGGUUCAGUAGGAAGGCAAAAUACCAUGGAGGAAAAUGGAGAUAUUCCCAUGACUGAAGAGGAAAAGGCUGCCUUUGCUGCUGCCGAAGCAGCCCGUGAAGCAGCCCUUGCCGCUGCUGAGGCGUAUGCUUCUUCUGGUGCCAUGUAUAACACCUCGCUGCGCCUUCCUAAGAUACUCUCAUUUAACAAAUUUGCUAGACGAGAACAAUAUUCACAGGAUGAGUCUGACUGUAGACGGAAUUGGUCUGGUGGUGCAAUAGGAAGACAAGAUUGCUUAUCUGAAAUAGAUUCUAGGAAUUGCAGGGUAAGGGAUUGGUCGGUUGACUUCUCAGCUGCUGGUGUCAACCUUGAUAGCUCUAAAAUAUCUGUUGAUAAUCGCUCCCAGCGGAGCCAGUCAAAUGAGAUUUCAAAUCAGUUUAACUUUAAAGAGCACUCUGGAGAAAGUGUAGCUGCAGACAGCAGUAUAUUCACAAAAGCAUGGGUUGAUAGUGCCGGCAGUGUAGGAAUAAAGGAUUACAAUGCUAUUGAGAGAUGGCAAUGUCAAGCAGCUGCUGCAAGUUCUCGUUUCUCUCAUGGCACAAUGCACAUAACAGAUGAGGAGGAUUCAAACAUGAGUUCAAAAUUACGUUUGUCGAAACAUGAUGCACCAGCCAAUGAGAGCUCUUCUUCGCACAUUAUAGUGAACAAAGAAAAGAAUGACAAUGAACCUAGGGGGACAGAACGUAUUAAACAGGCGGUUGUGGAUUACGUAGCAUCAUUGCUCAUGCCUCUUUACAAAGCAAGAAAAAUUGACAGGGAAGGUUAUAAGUCCAUAAUGAAGAAAACUGCCACGAAGGUAAUGGAACAAACUACUGACGCCGAGAAAGCAAUGGCUGUUUUUGAGUUUCUUGAUUCCAAACGUAAAAACAAGAUUCGAGCCUUUGUGGACAUGUUGAUUGAAAGACACAUGGCAACAAAGCCAGGCAUAAAAUAGUGAUGGUAUCAUCCUCCCCUUCACUGGUCUGGGAAGGCUGCUGAAUUCGUGGCCCAACCAGUCACUUUAGUGUGGGACGGCUGAGGGCAAUCUUGGAAUUUUUCCCAUUUAAAAUUAUUCCUUCAAGCUACCAUGAGGAGUUGGUGGCUCGAGUGCAGCCUGGAUAGGAGACGGAACCCAUGAGCAUCUGUAAAUGAAUCUGUGCCGUCCUGUAUCAGUCUCCUCCAGAAAUUUAGGGGUAUCUAUGGUUUAAUUGGAAUAUUUCUGAAGCAUGACAAGUUAAGACAUUGCAAGGGUGGCUGCAAAGGCCUCCUUUCUUGAAGUUUUAAACAUGGGUCCUCCAAUAGUCAACUGUUCCUAUUUGUUCAUUAUAAUUGAAAGCUGUAUCUUUUAGGGUAGAAAGUGAAGGCCCCUAUUCUUUUUUGUCAGGGAUCAUCGUAGAAUAGAGAAAUUACUUGUUUUCUGACUUGGAUAUGUGUACAGCUUAGAAUUGUUUCAUGGCAAUAAAUAUACAUAAUUCUCCCUGUAGUAUUA